ACCCCCCCUCCCCGCAUCAACAAAUGUCGAACAGUCCCUUGGAGAGCCGCAGCAGAGACACGCCCCUCGCAGUGCGCGAGGAAAGAGCUGCAAGCUCAGAGGAGGACAUGUGGCGCAGCUCGGUGAUUUACCCUCAUGUCCUUAUGAAAACAAGAUGAAACGGCUCCUAUUGCUGCUCCUCUUCUGUCACGUUUCAUCCUCAGUGAAACACUCCAUGAAGGUUUUCUUCAUCGCGUCCUCUGGAGUCCCAGAGUCCCACAACUUCCCGGAUGUCAUGGCUGUGAUGCUGAUUGAUGACGUUCAGGCGGGUUACUGUGACAGCAGAAUAAAGACGGCGAUACCCAAACAGGCCUGGAUGGACAAAUUAAGAGAAGAGGAUCCUCAGUACUGGACGUUGUACAAACAGGAGUGUACGGCGUACCAACAAGUCUUCAAAGAUGAAUUUCUCAUUUUGAAGCAGCGCUUGAACCAAACCGGAAGUGUCCAGAUUCUUCAGAAGAUGCACGGUUGCGAGUGGGAUGAUGAGACCCAAAAGGUUCACGGAUAUCAGCAGUACGGUUAUGAUGGAGCGGACUUCCUGGCGUUCGACUUAAACACAGAGUCGUGGGUCGCUUCCAAAUCGCAAGCUGUCAUCACCAAACACUUCUGGGACAGACAGAGAGCCAGAAACGAGCUCUGGAAGAAUUACCUCACCCAGCUUUGUCCCGAAUGGCUGAGGAAGCACCUGAACUAUGGGAGGAGCUUUCUGCUGAGAACAGAGCGUCCCUCAGUGUCUCUCCUCCAGAAGUCUCCGUCCUCUCCAGUCAGCUGCCACGCUACAGGUUUCUACCCCAACAGCGCCAUGAUGUUCUGGAGGAAAGACGGAGAGGAGAUUCACGAGGACGUGGAUGUCGGAGAGAUCCUCCCCAACCACGAUGGAUCCUUCCAGAUGAGCGUCGACCUGAACGUUUCAUCAGUCGCACCUGAAGACUGGAGCAGGUACGAGUGUGUGUUUCAUCUCUCUGGUGUGAAGGACGACAUCAUCACCAAACUGGACAAAGCAGCGAUCAGGACUAACUGGGAGAAGGCCGGUAACAUGGCCGUCCCCAUCAUUGCUGCAGGGGUUGUUCUUGCUCUCGUCUUCUUCGCUGCCACUGGAGUCAUCAUUUCUAAGAGGAAGACAGUCAAACGUCCUCCAUCUCCUCCUGAUAACGUCCUCGAACUCUGCGAGAGACUGAAUCCAGAGACCUGACUGACCAAAGUAAAGUCAAGCACUUUGAUAUUUAUCAUAUUACAUAGUUUUACAGAACUUAAAUAGACUGAAAAAUGGCUUUCUCACAUACAAAUGAAGUAGUAGUUAAUUCUAUGUUAUGUGCUUGAUAUUUAAAUGUAAGUUUUAUUUCAAAUUGCGUGUUUACAAUUUGGAUUUCAAAUUUGUGAAAUGUAUGAAACUUUAUUUUAUUUAUUGAUCAUUAUUUAUUUAUUCAGCAGUUUUACACUGAUGCAACAUUGUGUUUUACAACCCAGUCUUAGGGCCACAUUGA